AUGACCAGCGAUCUUCGCCAGCCAGAGUUUCUGCAGCAGACGGGCGCGCUCGAGCUGCAUGAAGCCCUGCCGGAGCAGCUGCGGACGGAGCAGGCGCUGCCGGCCGACAUCGCCAACCUGCUGGUUGCUCUGUUCGUCGGGCCUUACAUCACGCCCAUGCUGGCACAAGGAAUCUCGGCGCUCUGUCUGAACCACAGCUGGCCGUACGCCACCAGCAUCCUCUCCAACAUCUCCUGGGCGCUGAUGAUGUUCGACACAGAUGGGAAGGUACCCGACGGCGUACUGAGCAACCUGAACUACAUGGGCAACUGGGACGAGUGUCUGAGUGUGCAGGCGAGUUUCCACGAUGUUGAUGGACUCAUCCCCCCGAAAGGAAGAAAAUACUGGUGGAAGAACCCUGUGUACAUCAACAAUCUGUACGAGUCAGACAAUAUGUGCCUGGGUCAGACAUGGUACCUUGCUAAUGACAUGCAGAUAUUUGUCUUGUCGCCCAUUGUCCCGUUGCCGCUGUACAUUUACCCGACCAUCGGUCAAAUCUGGCUCAUAUUUCUUAUCGGGCUUAACAUGUUCAUCACCGGCUACGUCACCGACUACAACGGCCUGGGCCCGAGCGGAGGCGACGUGUCGUUACGCUACUUCGUGCCCUCGUGUCGCUACGGCAUGUACCUGAUGGACGUGUGCACCGGCUGGUUCCUGCACCGGCGCCGUGGCAGACGACUGCACAUGACGUUGCCUGUUGCGCUGGCCAGCUGGCUGGUCGCGGCGCUCACCGCCUGCCUCGUCGUCUACGGUCUGUACGAUUACUCGACGGCCGUCGUGUUCUCGCUCGCAUUCGAGGCUCCGAUGAUGGCCUUAGAAAAUAUCAUCUUUGCCAAUGUCGGCGCCGUCGUUCCGAAGCCGAUGGCACCGCCUGCGCAUGCGCAGGAGCCGAACGGUACCAGCAAACAGGCGUCAUCAUGA